GCGGGGAAGGAAGAGCUGGGGGCUAGAGGCUGCCCGGCUUAAAGGCAGCCUGGGAGUGAGGCCGCUCAGCUAGAGGAAGGAAACAGCUCCCAAGCCCCCAGGCAGAGGCCCCACAGAUGUCAGAGGUCAGGGGUUCAGCCCUGGGGUGUUGGGCAACUUGAGAUCACCUGCAGAGUAGCCUGCAGGUGGCAGUCCAUGAGGAGGACCUGACACGGGUAGAGAGGGCCCUGCGAAUCUCACCAGUCCAGAGAUGGAGCAGAAGGAAAGGAAGCCCUCUGAGGAUGGGACCACUGUCUUGCCAACGGCAGAGGCCCCGGGGACGCUGGGAGGUGGAGCCUCUGCAAAGGAGGAGGCCAAAGGCACAGCUGAGAAGACGGCCAAAGAGGGAACCCCAGAUGGGGCAGGAAAGCCGGAAGGAGCACCAGCUGAGGACGGCAGUUCUGCUGAAUUUGAGGGGGAGGCAAAUGGGUUGGGUGAGGGCGAGGUGGAAUCCAAAGUGGGGGCUGAACUUCAAAAGGAAGACCGUGGGAAGGAAGAGGCCACAGCGACUCCUCAGGGGAUGACUGACAGGAAAGAAGAGACCAAAUCUGAACCUAAGGAGGCUGAGGGAAAAGAGGAGACCACCCCAGCCUCUGAGAAGCAGAAGGCUGACGAGAAAGAGGCCAAGCCCGAAUCAAGGGCGAAAGCCGAGGUGAAUGACGAGGCUGCUGGGGAGCAAGAGCCCAAGGCUGGAGCUAGGGAGGCUGACGGGAAGGAGGCCACGACGGCCUCUCGGGAGGAGAGUGACAAGACGGAGGAGCCCAAGGCUGAAGCCCAGGAGAAAGCCCAUGCCCCAGAGGCCAGGGCGCACUCUCAGAAGAAGCCUGCUGCGGAAGAUGAGGCCAAGGCUGGACCACAGGAGGCUGACGAGGAGCAGGUGGAGCCAGGCAGUCCCAAUGAAGAGCAGGAAGAGGGUGAGGAGAGACAGUCGGAGGAAGGAGCAGGGGUGAUGCCCAGCUCCCCCGAGGAGUGGCCUGAGAGCCCCACGGAGGAGGGCCACAGCCCCAGCCCAGAUGAGUUGGGUCAAGACACCACAGCCUCUGGAGAGACCAGUCCUUCAGCCAGUGAGUCUUCACCCAGUGAUGUGCCCCAGAGUCCCACGGAGCCCCCUCCCUCACAGGAGAAGAAGAAGGAGAAGGCACCAGAGCGCAGGGUGUCAGCCCCUAUCCGGCCCCGGGGGCCCCGUGCACAGAACCGCAAAGCCAUCGUGGAGAAGUUUGGAGGGGCAGCCUCAGGCCCCACUGCCCUGUUCCGAAACACUACGGCAGCUGGGGCAGCCAUCGGCGGUGUUAAGAACAUGCUCCUGGAGUGGUGCCGGGCCAUGACAAAAAAAUAUGAACACGUGGACAUCCAGAACUUCUCCUCAAGCUGGAGCAGUGGCAUGGCCUUCUGCGCCCUCAUCCACAAGUUCUUCCCCGAUGCCUUUGACUACUCUGAGCUGGAUCCCACGCAGCGCCGGCACAACUUCACCCUGGCCUUCUCCACGGCAGAGAAACUGGCCGACUGCGCCCAGCUGCUGGAGGUGGAGGACAUGGUGCGGCUGGCGGUGCCUGACUCCAAGUGCGUCUACACCUACAUCCAGGAGCUGUACCGCAGCCUCGUGCAGAAGGGACUGGUGAAGACCAAGAAGAAAUGAGGAGGGACCGACCCUGUGGGCAGAGGUGGGCAGGGUGCCCAGCCGACCAGCCGUGGCUUGGGCAAGGGCAGUGGCACCAGUCUUAACUGCAUUAAAAGUACUUUUGUAAAAUCCUGUCUGGGCCCUCAGUGCAUGCUCCCUGACCCACCCUGGACGCUCUCUCACUCUGGGGUAACAAAUCCCAGCCACCAUGGUUCCUUACCUGACACGAUCUUCUCAACAACCAUGAAAGGCAUUUGGGAAAGGACGAUGGCCUGAGUCCCACCACUAAUCAGCUGUGUGACCUUGGGCCAGUGAGUCAACCUCUCUGAGCCUCAGUUUACCAUCUGAAUGGGGAUAAUGGGACUUCAAACCUCAUGUAGGUGUUGUGAGGGUUAAAUGAGACAGUGAAAUGGACAACAAGCCUUGCCCAGUGCCUGUCACCUAAGUGUUCAAUAAGUGGUGGCCAGAAAUAAAAAACAAACCUUACAUUUCGAGCCAUUGGUGGCAUUUUUUCCACUUCUCUUCCCUCUCUCCAUACUUUUCCCAGAUUAGGGAAUUUCAGGGCAGGGGCUGGAGUAGAAGAUUCUCUAGAAAUCUCACCCAAACUAGGCUAGUGGGGGCCUAGAGUGAUUCCUAUUUCUUGAAGAUACUCCACAUUGUGUCUCUGAAAAGCCGGUGGUGUUCCAGCAGCUUAGAACCAUUGCACCCAGAAAGUUCUUCCUUCGGGUUAAGUUAAUCCCUCCAACUCCGGCUGAAGUUCUGGCUUAUUAGAGAUGAACCCCUGAGCUGAUCAUAAUUUCCUGCUAACAAUCCUGUCUGGUUUUAUCAGCCAUUUGGAGCAUGUGUGCUGCUGAGAACAGCUCAUGAAAAUCACAAGAACAAAACCCAGCAGGCUUGCCACUGCGGCAGGCGUGGGCUCCGCCCUGAUCAGCAGAGGGGACCUGGCAAUCCACUGAAAUGCUCUGUGCCUCGGUUGCCUCAUCUAUAAAAUGGGUAUGUCCACCCCUGUGGACGUGUUGACAGCUCCUCUGGCCAAGGACAGCCUAGCCCCAAAUGGCCAGCUUUCCCCACAAUGUUUGGGGUUACACGAAGCCCAGUGAGCCAUCAGUUCACGGGAAGCAGGGUCACACGUUUUCUUAGAUGGCAGCUAAAUCCCCAGCCUCACCUCCUCCUGAUGAAACCACCCCAUCCCCUCCACGAACACUCAGCCAGACUCCAUGAUGCAUCUGUGACUUUAAUGCCU